AUGCAUCUCAGUACCUAUCUUGCUUAUAUUAUAAUUCUGUCAAACACAGCUGGGCUUGUGUUAUCAAAUGAAACGUUGCAAAGGAGGUCAGGACUGACUCCUAUCCCUGCAAAUGCUCCAAGCAAUAGUGGCAGUAAUGUUCCUGCGCCACGUAUCGUAGAAGGCAUCAAUCUUGGUCAUGGGCGGGGAACAAAUCCUGUUAACAACCGUCAAAGGUAUCACAUGCAUCCAGAAUUGCCUGCAAACCAUCCGAUCAGACCUCAACAACAUUCAUCCGUACAGUAUGAAGAAGAUAAACCGGGAAAGUUGGAGCGUUUGACGGGAAAGAAGAGAAAACGAGAAGGUGGUUCUGAAGGAGGAGCAGCGAAUGAUCAUGAAGCUGGACCUAGCGGUACGAAAGAAGAAGGAGAGACGAACAAACCAGAAGAACGACCACGAAAGAAAUAUCGACAUUACUAUAAAAGUAGUGGUAAGAUGAGCAAAGAGGAAAGUAAAGGGGCUGGAAAGCUUUUUGGAGCUGUAGGUGCUGCCGUAUCUAAAAAAGCAAAAAGUAUCUACCGGGCAGGACAGAGAACCGUUCAAGGUGUUCGUGACGGAUGUGGCGCAGCUUGCCAGGGUGUCCAACGAGCAGCCUCACGCUUGCGAAAUCGAUUGACCAGUAGACGAGAUGCUGGGCGGAAUGAAGCAAGCCAAGGUUCGCAACCUACUCAUACCACUCGGGAACCUGGAAUGUUGGGACGUAUGACGGGUAAAAAGAGAAAAAGAGAAGGUGAUCCUGAAGGAGGAACAGCGAAUGACCAUGAGGCUGAACUUAGCGGUGCAAAAGAAGAAGAAAAGACGAAUACAUCAGAAGAACGACCUCGAAAGAGAUAUCGACCUACACAACCUUUCAGGCGUCCUGCCUAUCGAUCUACUUCUGCUUCUUCUUCUUCCGACUCGGAUCCCAUCGAUCAUGGAUCACCUCCACCACCAAGGACUAGACGAGGCAUGACUUAUCGACCGAGAAACUUCAGACACUCCAAAUAA